AUGUCGCGACCCGAAGAGAUUGCACCUCCGGAGAUUUUCUACAAUGACGAUGAAGCCGCCAAAUACACCAGUUCGUCGCGAGUGCAGCAGAUCCAGGCCAAGAUGACUCUGCGGACUCUGGAACUGCUCAACGUGCCCCAGGGCAGCUACAUUCUGGAUGUAGGAUGUGGAUCUGGACUCUCAGGCGAGGUUCUGACCGAGGAAGGACAUCACUGGGUUGGUAUGGACAUUGCCCCUAGUAUGUUGGCUACCGCUUUGGACAAGGAGGUUGAGGGGGAUCUGUUUCUGGCAGAUAUGGGGGACGGGGUUCCGUUUAGAGCUGGUACUUUUGAUGCUGCCAUUUCGAUUUCAGCCAUUCAGUGGCUCUGUAACGCCGAUACCGCCGGUGCCAACCCGAAGGUGCGACUCAUGAAGUUCUUCUCCACUCUCUACGCUUCUCUGAGACGAGGAGGAAAGGCUGUGUGCCAGUUCUACCCUGCUAACGACAACCAGCGAGACCAGAUUGUGCAGGCUGCCAAGGCCACUGGAUUUGGCGGAGGUAUCGUUGUUGACGAUCCCGAGUCCAAAAAGAACACAAAGUACUACCUGGUACUGUCUGCCGGUAUGUCUGAUAACGAUAUCAACCUGGACGGAGUGCAGAUGGAUGCCGUGGAGCGAAGCAAGACACUGAGAAAGGGAAAGAAGGAGGAGACCGCCAAGCAGUGGAUCCAGAGAAAGAAGGAGGUGGGCCGGAAGCGGGGCAAGCGGGUCGCCAAUGACUCCAAGUUCACCGCGAGAAAACGAAGACCCAAGUUUUAG